CUUCAAGCUUUUUUGGUUACUAAAAUGCAGGCUUAUGUUUUCAAUGAUUUCAACACUUGCAACAAUCUUCCUCCGAUCUCAUUAUUUGAAAGUUUAUCCAAUCCUCCUAAAGAGGAUGAUUAUGGCUUCACUACAAUGUCUGAUUUUCAAGUCACCAUGCAGGAUUACUUGGACAAGCUUCAUGCAAAGAAAAGAGAUAAGGCACUUAUUGAUUUUGAUCGCUACAGGAGUAUAGAGGAAAUUUUGAAAAAUCCAAGUAAUACAGCAAUAUCGACAGCUCAAUUCAGGUACUGGGCAAAGAAGAUGUUUGAACUUUCUGCUGGAGAAACUAAAGUCGUCUGCCAUAAUGGGAAACCAGUAGCUAUCAAGGAAACUAUCUAUGAGAUUCUAUUAGAUGCUCAUAAAAUCGCGAAUCAUGGCGGCAGAGACAAGACAUCCGCUAUUGUCAAAGGUAGUUUUUCAUGGAUCCCCAAGGAACUGAUUGCUCGUUUUGUUCGUUGCUGCCCAACUUGUAGAUUCAAAAGGAAUGGUAACCAUCUUGAUACAUUCGAUAGUUGCUCGCCACCAUAUGCGACCAAUUAUUCUGAUCUCUUUCUCAAUGCUGUGCCUACCGAGACAAGUACGCCGUCAACUACUGGCGUUUUUGAAGAUCUCUAUAAUAGCCUUCCAGCCGGAUUUGAAGGCAGCACUUUACUUUCUGGCUUGUCUAAUUUCCCUAUAAACGUGCAGUAUGCUGACUCGUUGGCAUGGUUACUGCCAUAAUGUGGGUUAAUAAACCCUGAACCCUUCAAGGUUCGUUUAAAAGCCUAAAUAUCAUAUUUCUA